UUUGACCGCCUGUCAAACGGGAACCCGGCGGGUUUUAGGACCCAGCGGAGCAGCUCAGUCGGAGAGGCUAGUACCAUGGCUGGUUUUACCUGGGACCACCGAGGAGCUAUGUUAACCGUUUAAGCUAACUAGCAGCCGCUUCUCAAAGCGUUGUACACAUGCUGCACUGUCGGUGUUUUGUUUGUUUUUUUAUCGUGACGCCCCCCCAGCAGUCGUAGCUGCUAAUGGAGCACAUUCGACUACCAAAGGUGGAAAAUGUCAGGCUGGUUGACAGAGUCUCGCCCAGGAGGAACAGAGUGGGCACCCUGUACCUGACCGCCACGCACAGCAUCUUUGUGGAGAAUGAGGACGGGGAGCGCAGUGAGACCUGGGUGCUUCACAGUCUGGUGUGCAGUGUGGAGAAGCAGGCUGCCACCGCCUCGGGGUGCCCUUUGCUCAUACGCUGUAAGAACUUCCAGGUUCUUCACUUCAGCAUUCCCAAAGAGUCGGAAUGCCAGGAUGUUCACCUGUCUCUGCAGCGGCUCUCCCAGCCUGAGAAAUACAAGGAGCUGUACUGCUUUUCCUAUAAACCGAACAUCGAUGAGGAGGAGAGGCGACUGGAAUGGACCUUGGUGGACGUCGGAGCCGAUUAUAGCAGAAUGGGACUUCCAAACUCUCUGUGGAAACGCUCCUCCGUCAACCAAAAUUACAAGGUGAGCGACACUUACCCCGCUGACUUGUUUGUGCCGGAGUCUGCCACACCGCCUGUCAUCGUCGGCAGCUCCAAGUUCAGAAGCAGGGGCAGAUUUCCCACAUUAUCAUACUACUCUAAAGAAAACCACGCCGCCAUCUGCCGCAGCAGCCAGCCGCUGUCGGGCUUCAGCGCCCGCUGCCUGGAGGACGAGCAGAUGCUGGAGGCCAUCCUCAGGUCCAACCCCCGCAGCGACUUCAUGUAUGUGGUGGACACCAGGCCUAAGCUGAACGCCAUCGCCAACCGGGCCGCGGGGAAAGGCUACGAGAACGAGGACAACUACUCCAACAUUAAGUUCCAGUUCAUGGGCAUUGAGAACAUCCACGUCAUGAGAAACAGCCACCAGAAAAUGCUGGAAGUGUGCGAGCUGCGCUCACCGUCCAUGUCGAGCUUCCUGGAGGGUCUCGAGAGCUCAGGCUGGCUGAAGCACAUCAAAGCGGUUUUGGACGCUGGCAUCUUCAUCGCCAAGGCCGUUGCAGAAGAAGGUGUCAGCGUCCUGGUUCACUGUUCAGACGGCUGGGACCGCACUGCCCAGGUGUGCUCAGUAGCCUCCGUGUUGCUAGAUCCUUACUACAGGACCCUCAGAGGACUCAUGGUCCUCAUUGAAAAAGACUGGAUCUCAUUUGGACACAAGUUCUCUCACAGAUGCGGCCACUUGGUUGGAGACACAAAAGAGGUGUCUCCCAUCAUCGAUCAGUUCCUGGAGUGCUUGUGGCAGCUGAUGGAGCAGUUCCCCUGUGCCUUUGAAUACAAUGAGCGGCUCCUCGUCAGCAUUCACAACCACAUCUACUCCUGCCAGUAUGGCAACUUUAUCGGCAACAACCAAAAGGAGAGGAUAGGCAUUGGAGUGUGUGAGAAGACUCACUCUUUAUGGAGUUAUCUAUGGACCAACCGUGCAGACUACACCAACCCUCUGUACAGGCCCAACCACAGCCAGACCCAAGGGCUCCUCCGACCCUCCAGUGCCCCCUACUGCUUUAAGUUUUGGAGAGGGCUAUACAACCGUUUUGACCGUGGGAUGCAUCCACGACAGUCUUUGGAGGAUUAUCUGAGGGCCAUCCAGGAGGAGACGCAGCAACUGGAGGAGCAGCUGACUUCACACAAACAGAAGAUAACUCAGCUGGAGCACGAGCAGGACUGGAGCACUCCGCGGAAAGCUAACACGUUCGACAAGAGCCCCACGGUCUGGGCCCCAGGUAGCAACCUCGCCCUGGCCAACACCCCUCAGGACUACACCGGCGGGUUCAUCGCCAGUAGCCCCCACACUCCCAAAGCGCCGGACGGUAGCCUGAUCCUGCCGCCGGAGGACCCCAAGCAAACGGCCGACUCCAACUUCUCCAACAGCGACCAGGAGUCCGGGAUCGCUGACCUGAGCUGCCGUUCUCCUCUCAGCGAGGAUAGCACCAGAGAUCCAGACUCUGACGAGGCUGCCUACUCCGCUGCCUGAGCAGAUUCAGCGUCCCCUUGAGGAUGAAGCACUGAGCUGCCGUCAACCUAUUGACACUGAACAAAAGCUACUCACUAAGCAUCCUGAUUCUUGGGUUAUUAAGUCUUAUAUGGGUUACAUAUUUACUCCCACUUUAGUCGGCAUGCAUUUUGGAUGAACCUUUCGUGUUGCCACAGAAACAAAGCUUCAUUGUAGCAGCCUUUUGACUUCUUUUAGUGAGAGAAACUCAGCAACCAAUAUUCCUUCAAGACAAAAGAAUUAGGAGGAUUCCUAAUAAGCCAUAAAUUAGUCGGUGCCUGCAUUGAGCUACUUUCACCUUGUUGAUUUAUUACUUUUGCUUUAUAGAGCAAGCUCUUUUUGUUAUAGGCACACAGGUGCAUUACAGCUGGUUUGUCUGAACUCAAAGGCAAUGUUAGCUCCAUUAAAAAAAAAAAAAGCUUAAAAAAACAUGAGGUACAAAGGGAGCCAAACGAACACUGUAAGUGUGUUGAUUAUAAAAUAUAUUUGGAAAAAAGGGGAUUUGCAAAUGGCUUGAAAUGUAGAAUUUUUAGCAACACGGACAGCUUUUUAAAGGGAGGCAUAUUUGCUGGAUUUGAGCUUUAAGACAUUGGCACAUUACACGCUUUAUGUUGCCAAUGAUCCUUCAGCACCGUGCUGCAGUGCACGGAGUGAAUGAUUAGACUGCUGAACCAGCAGUUUGAGCAUGCGAACACUCAAACAUGUUGCUGCUUUGGGAAUCAGAUUCCCAGCUGUUUUUU